AUGAAGGUGAUGUUGGGCGCCGGCAACCGUCAAGAUGCGAUCGUUCGAUGGCUGCUCCUCCUCUCUGCCAGCAUCCUGGUGCUCGGGGUCAUCAGCAUCUUCACGCUCCAGUUCGGGAUGCUGAAGGCCAAGACCUGCGCGGCGGGGAGUCCCCAGAGCUCCGCGCUGGGGAAGUGGAGCGACGCUCCGAAAGCCAUGCCUCUGAAUUGGUACGUCUGUGAGAAACCUUCGAAUGCCACCUGCUCAAAGGGCUGGAUUGCACAUGCAGGGGGCUGCUACCACCUGGUCUGUGACUGGAAGAACUUCGACGGUGCCAUGGAGGGCUGCCGCCAGCGAGGCGGGCACCUGGCGAAGAUCGACUCAGAGGAAGAGAACAGCUUUGUGCAGAGCCUCUGCGGCUGGGAGUCCUGCUGGAUCGGGCUCAGCCAGGAUUCCCAAAGCAACGAGUGGCUCUGGCCGGAUACCACCGAGGUCUCGGUCGAGCCUGGCUUCGUUGGGUUCAGGAACUGGAACCAACUGGGCCCAACAUCCGGACGUGGACGUGCCGCUUUCAUGAACCACUGGGGGCUCUUGGACAUGCCGGAGCCCAUGGUGAAGCAGGCCUACUGCGGCCGACCCCGCAGCAGCCCACAGGGUCGCGGCAGCUGGUAUGGUACGGACCCCGAGUGGGAGUUGCCGGCCUUCAUCUGCAAGCGCACCGCCGAUCCGUGUCCCAGCGGAUGGACCAAGCGCGGUGUCCAGUGUUACAUCAAGGUCUGUCAGCAGGCAAAUUUCAAGGCUGCGCAGUCUUGGUGCCAGGCCCAUGAUGCCUCACUAAUCACCAUCCAGGACGAGCGUGAGAACCACUACGUGGCACAGCUUUGUGGGCUUGACACAUGCAUGCUCGGUCUCCGAAGGGCGCCUGGCGCAGAGGAUUGGCAGUGGGUCGAUGGCAGCUCUGUGGGGAUGAAGUAUCAGUGGCAAGGCUUCACCUACUGGGCUGAUGGCGAGCCGGACGUCAUGGGCCGCAACCCCGACCGCGUGGCAGUGAUGAACUCCAUCACCCUGGAGGAGGCCUUUGUGCACAAUGAGCUCAUCCGGCCCUCCUUUUGGGGUUGGACCUUGCUCCAGAUCCUUGUCCCCGUUUCCCUGGCGAUCUUGGUGGCCUUUGUCGGCCAGAGGCAAAGCAGCUGUGGGGCGCAGCUGGCAAACUGGGUCGUUGGCGUCGGCAUUGUGGCGCUGGUCGUGCAGAUCUUUGGCUUCCUCAGGCUGCUGACGUCCUCACACGCGAUCUGGCCAUCAGGCGUGUUUGGCAUGAUGGUCCUCGUGGUCGUCUUGACUUUCUUCCAGCUGGCCCUGUGCCUCUUCGCCUCAAGCAAGAUGCAGGAGCUCCGGGCCAUGACAUCUACCUACAACUCCAUGGGAGGAGCCGAGCCGGGCACCAAGGUAUCCAGGGACGUCGCUAUCACGGCGCCGGCUGGGACAAUACUGGGGAAAGUGUGA